CAUACUUAAGAAAGGCUCGAUCCACCAUGUUUAUAGAGCUGCGGUCUGUGCACAGCAGCGGGAGGGGAUGCGCAGGGACGCGAACACGGCUUGCUAACCUGCUACAAGCUUCUCAAUGUAAACAACACUGAAGGAUGUGAUUUGAAAGCUGUCUUAGUUGUUCUUUGUCCUUUUCGCUCACUAUGGCGCAACCGGCAGAGAAAGCGUAUUAUCGCUUUGUGGUGCUGUUCUUCAACUGCCUGCUGACAUUCGGCUCCUACUUCUGCUUCGACAUUCCUAGUGUUUUGCAGGAUCAGUUUCAAGGGAACCUGACAUGUCCCAACGCUACAGUGAUCAAUGGGACGGUGGACUGUGUGGAGGGAUUGGGAAUGACUCCUCAGCAGUAUAAUCUUCUUUACGCCAUAUAUGCCUGGACGAAUGCAAUAGUGGUGGUCCUCGCUGGUUUCCUGAUUGACAAACUAGGAAAUCGCUUUGGAGUAUUCCUCUUCUCUUUUCUUUGUGUCCUUGGCUCCUCAAUCUUCGCACUGGGCUCUCACUUUAGAGGAACUCCCUACCUGCUGCCGCUCAUGCUCACAGGUCGACUGCUGUUCGGAUCAGGCAACGGAUCUCUGACCAUCGUUCAGAACCGCAUCACAGCCUUCUGGUUCAAAGGGAAGGAGCUGGCCUUGGCUUUCGGCGUGACCCUGGCCUUCUCUCGGCUGGGGUCAGUCCUGAACUUCUUCUUCACGCAGAAGUUCGAGGAAAAAUAUGGCAUGCAGUGGACACUCUGGGGUGGUGCCUUUUUGUGCGUGCUGGGCUUCACGUCUGCCAUCCUGGUCAGUGGGCUGGACAAGAUCGGAAUGAAGCAACUUGGCCUUGAUGGUGCCAUUCAAGAGGAGUCCCGCAAAGUGAGGAUUCAGGAUGUGAAGCUCUUGUCGCUGAGAUACUGGCUGCUGGUUCUCACCAUCAUGUUCUUCUACAACGGUAUCUUCCCCUUCAUCGCAGACGCCAGUAAGUUCAUUCAGGAUAAGUACAGUGGCUACAGUCAGAAGGAAGCGGCCUACAUUGCAGGGGCGGUCUACGACAGCUCACUGGUCCUCUCAGCCAGUGUGGGCAUUCUCAUAGACUAUGUCGGUCUUCGGGGCAUUUUUGCUCUGGCCUGUGCCAUCCUCACGCUGCCUGUGUUUGGACUCCUCGCCUUCACGUUUGUCCCACCCCUUGUCUCCACCAUAUGGCUCGGAGUCACCUACUCUUUUGCUGCUGCGAGCAUGUGGCCAUCUAUCCCCCUCGUGGUUCCUCAGGCCACUCUGGGAACAGCCAUGGGUCUGGCCACCUCCAUACAGAUGAUCGGGAUUGGGGUGUCCAAUCUGGUUGUUGGGCAGAUUUUGGGCACCAAGUCAAGUGAGACUAAAAUUCCGUUAUGGCGUUGGCAGAGGAUGAUGAUCUUCAUGUUGGCCAACACAAUCUGCUGCAUCGUCACCUCAGUGCUGCUCAAUGUUGUCGAUAAAAGACAGGGCGGGAUCCUGAACAAGACAACCAAGAGGUCAGAGCAGGCAGAGAGAGAGUCUGACAGAGAGCCGCUCAACCAGGGAGAGGAAGAGCAUGAUGAGGAGGAGGAGGAAGAAGGGGUCAGGACUCAUUCUGUCAACUCCUAAAAAUUCACUCAAGUUUAAACAUCUCUCUCUAUAUAUAUCUCUCUUUUGUAUGUACUGAUUUUAAAUGACUCAUUGCUUUUAUUGAAUACCUCACUUGGACAUCAUUUGUCUGUGGUUACUGCAGGGGGAUAAUUUAGCAGUCAAUUAAAAUAAUUCCCAGUUACUCAAAAGUUACAAUCAAACAGUAUUAAAACAUGAUGCUACAUGUGAAAAA